AGGCUCUUGUGGGCAAAAAGGGGGAGAGCCCCAGGUUGGAGGAAGGGUGCCUCUUUGCUGCCAGGGCUUCCCAGAGGAGAGGGGCCUAGGGUCACGGCACACACUACCGGGGCAAAGGGCCCCCAGCUGGAAUGCUGGGUGGGAGGAGCCAGCCUGGCCAGGUGCGCUCCCUCCCCAGGCCCUAGGCAGGUGGCUGCGCUGGCCCGCCCUCCUUCCUACCCCCUCGCCUAAGGGAGGCAGAUAGGCAGGUCUGGGCGGGCGAGCUGCUGAGUCAGUUUGCGAGGAAUGUUCGGGCCGCUCCCAGACACACCCUGAGCCUGCCGGCCCCACCACACCCUCCCAGGUGCCUUGGCCCCGCGCCCGCCGUGCCAGGAACGCACCUUCAGCCCAAGCUUGCUCAGACCAGCUCCCACCGGCAGCAGCCCCACUGCUCCCCCUCCUGCUCCCCCCAUGACCCCAUUGAGCCCCCUUCACCAUGCUCUCGGGUGACCCAGGGCCGGUUCACGUGUGUGAAUAAGCUCCUCCUGUGUAACAUGCAGACUGGGGAAAUGGGGGGGAUAAGGGGGUCCCCAGGCAACAACCCCUUGGGAUCGAGGGGUUCCUGCAGGAGGAGGGUCUGCGAUGAGAGGGGGCUGUAGGGAGGCCCGGGGAGGCCCCGCCUGCUCGGCUAGGGCUGGGGGCGGGGGAGGUGGCCAGGAGGCCAGGCCUGUGGCAGCUAGCCAGUGCUUUGGCCAAAGCCCAGAGCCUCCCUCCCCUUGGCUCCACUCAACCGUCCCCCCCGGUCACCCCGGGCUGCCUCCUUGCCCAGGCACACGGCUGGCUGCUGGCAGAUGGGGCGGUGGGCAGGGGCAGGGGCCAUUCCCACAGGUGACCCGGCCGCCCUCAUCUCCUCCAAGCCAGCAGGGUGUGGAGAUGGGGCAGCCCCCAGGUCCCCACAGUGCCCCGGCCCCCAUGGGCACCACGGCUGAAUCCGGGCUCAUUCCGGACCUCGUUGCCAGGAUUCCCUGGCCCCGAUGGGCACUGGUGGCCAUCGCUGUCGCUGCCGCCAUCCUCACUUCUUCCUGCCUCCUCUGUGUUGUCUGCUGCUACUGUCGCCGAGCCCACAGGAGGAAGCCCCGAGACAAAGAGGCCAUGGGCCUGGGCAGUGUCCAGGGCGCCAACACCACCCACCUGGUGCAACCGGAGGUGGACGAUGUGGAGUCCAGCCCGGGGGGAGCCCAGCAGUGGGGGCGCCUGCAGCUCUCCCUGGAGUACGACUUUGGAAGCCAGGAGAUCCGGGUGGGCCUCAAGCAGGCAGUGGACCUGAGGGCCAGGGGCCUGGGGGGCACAGCGGACCCCUACGCCCGCAUCAGCCUGUCCAUCCAGGCCGGGCACACACACGAGACCAAGGUGCACCGCGGCUCGCUCUGCCCCAUGUUCGACGAGACCUGCUGCUUCCGCGUGCUGCUGGCGGAGCUGCCCCAGACCACCCUGUGGGUGCAGGUGCUGGACUUCAAGCGCUUCUCCAGGCACGAGCCGCUGGGCGAGCUCCACCUGCCGCUGGGCACCGUGGAUCUGCAGCACCUCCUGGAACUCUGGUGCCAGCUGGGCCCCCGGGCACCGCCGAGGUAAGGGUGCUGACUGCCUGGCAUUGGCCCAGGCCUGCCUGAGGCUGAGCAGACGGGGGAGCUGUGCUUCUCGCUGCAGUACGUGCCCGGCUCGGGCCGGCUGACGGUGGUCGUGCUGGAGGCCCGGGGCCUGAGCCUGGAGCUGGCAGAGCCCUACGUGAAGGUCCAGCUCAUGCUGAACCGGAGGAAGUGGAAGAUGAGCAGGGCGUCUGCCCGAGGGCACGGCCGCCCCUGCUUCAACGAGGCUCUCACCUUCCUCGUGCCCUUCAGCCAGAUCCAGAGUGUGGACCUGGUGCUGGCCAUCUGGGCCCGGGGCCCGCGGCUUCGGGCCGAGCCCAUGGGUAAGGUGGCGCUGGGAGCCCGGGCCUCCGGCCAGCCCCUGCAGCACUGGGCGGACAUGUUGGCCCAUGCCCGGCGGCCCAUCGCCCAGUGGCACCGCCUGCGGCCCGCCGGGGAGGUGGACCAGGCCCUGGGCCUGCAGCCCCACCGGCGCCUGCCCUUGCCUGGCUCCUGACAGCACCCUGUGCCGUGAGCCCCCGCACUGAGCUGUGGGCCUGUCCAGGUCCCGCAGGUCCUGCUGCGAUGAACGUCUCCCCGCCCCCACCACCGUGUGUCCUGCCUGUGCCCUCGGGGACAGUGUAGGGUGGGGACACCUGCCAAGGGCCAGGAGGAGAAGGUCCCCUCUCCAGACUCAUCCAGGCCCUGGGGCUUCUGCCUGAAGGCAGAAGGGGCGUGAGGGGCAUGAGGGGGGUGAAGGGGCGUGAGGGGGUCCCUCCACGCCCAAGGAGGACAACCCUGGAGCGAGGAGCCCUCCUGUCUGGGGUUGCAGCGUUAGAGACAGUACCAGCCAGGCCACGCACAGCUGCCUGCAGGCUCCUUGCAAGAACCAGGAGCUUCUCGAACUCGUCACUGAUCCCUAAAUAGAGCAACCCAACCUCGGCACCCCCCCCUCCCAAGACUUCUUGGACUGGAUGGCA